AUGCCGUUCCAGCAGGGCUCUGCCCGGACGCGGCAACGCACCGUCCUUCUGGUGGGGAUCGCGGUCCUGCUGGCCGCCCUCGUCCUCGCCGUCUUGCUGGCCUCUGUCCUGACUCACGGAACGCAAGAGGUCAGUCCCAAAAUGAUGAAGUGGAAGGACAGAGGGACCACUAAGAAUCUGAAAGAAGUCAUCCUGGGAAGAUGCUACAACUACGUCAUGGCGCGGUACCCUGAGCUGGGAGAUAAGGAUUGCCUGAAAAUAUGGGAAUCAUUAAAGCAUGCGUUCAUUUACAAGAAUCCCUGUAACAUUACAUCGGAAGAUUAUCAGCCUUUAAUGGAGUUAGCGAGUCAUCCCAUACCCUGUAACAAGUCACUGUUUUGGAGCAAGACAAGUGACCUCGCUCAUCGUUAUACAAAAUCCAAUCAAAAUUUCCUUACCUUGGAGGACACCUUGUUGGGUUAUAUUGCUGAUAGUGUUUCAUGGUGUGGAGACCCCUCUGCCCCAGGAAUCAACUAUGAGUCUUGUCCAAAACGAAGUGAAUGUGAGAGCAACCCUAGCUCUGUAUUCUGGAAAAUGGCAUCCAAGAUGUUUGCAGAAGCAGCAUGUGGUGAGGUUCAGGUGAUGCUCAAUGGAUCGCUAGAAGCUGGAGCUUUCAGAAGCAGCAGCAUUUUUGGAAGUAUUGAGAUCUUUAAUUUAAAUCCAGGUAAAGUCUCUGCAGUACAUAUUUGGCUUAUGCAUGACAUCGGUGGACUUCAAAGUGAAUCCUGCUCAGGUCAUUCCAUAAAGAAGUUAAAAAGCAUCUUAGAAGAGCGAAACUUUAUGAUCACCUGUGAAGACAAUUACAGGCCGGUUCAGCUUCUUCAGUGUGUGCAUAACCCUGACCACACAGACUGCAGAUUCUGCACCAACACCACGGCGACUCCAUGAAACGGAGUGUUCCGCACUAUUGAAGA